AUGAACAGUAACAGGAGAUCUCAAGAUCGAAGGCGAAGUCCGUUCAACCGUACAUCUAAAACGUCAGCGACAACAUGUACAAGGUGUGGCGGUAAACACGAUGAACAACAGAAAUGUCCAGCUAUAGGAGCUACUUGUCAUAAGUGCAAAAAACCUAACCACUACUCAAGAAUGUGCAGGACUAGAACAAAUGAAAAGAACGUUCAUAGUCACGAAGCCGAAGCGAGCACACGAAAUAGCGACAGCGAAAGCAAUGAUAGUUUUUUCAUUGGCGCCAUACACGCCCAAGACGAAAACAAAGAAUGGACGACAUCCCUAAAAGUAAACAAUACAAAUGUUAUGUUCAAAAUCGAUACUGGAGCCGAAUGCAAUGUGAUUUCAAAAAAGACGUAUGAGGAACUUAGUAAAACCCCCUUAGAAAAAUCGCGAACAAAGCUCGGAGCGUUUGGAGGGCAAAAGUUAAAAACAAUUGGAAAAUUUACAACGUUAUGUACAUAUCGUGACAAAUAUUGGCCAAUUGAGUUUCAAGUCGUAAAUCAUGAAGUUCCAAAUAUACUUGGACUUACAACUUGCCUUCAGUUAAAUCUUGUAAAACGAGUGCUAACUAUCGACAAAAAAGAAUGCGUCGAGUCGACGUCCACCGCACCUGAGGAUAUUUUCGAACAGUACAGUGAUGUGUUUACUGGGUUAGGUUGUGUUAAAGGCGUAGUACACCACAUUGAAACUGACCCUACUGUAAAACCGGUAAUUCACCCACCGCGUCGAGUUUCAGCACCCUUGCGACAAAAAGUUAAGGACGAACUGGAUCGUAUGGAAAGUCUCGGAGUAAUAGAGCGAGUUCAACAGCCAACGGAAUGGGUAAAUAGUUUAGUAACUGUCGUAAAACCCAAUGGAAAAAUACGAUUGUGUAUUGACCCGAAAGACUUAAAUCGCGCAAUUAAACGUGAACAGUAUCCUAUGAAAACUAUAGAAGAAGUUAUCUCGCGAAUGCCGAAUGCCAAAUUCUUCUCGAAGCUUGAUGCUACCCAAGGCUACUGGCAAGUACAACUUGAUGACGAAAGUGCAACGAAAUGUACAUUUAAUACACCGUUUGGUCGAUACCGUUUUCAUCGCCUGCCAUUCGGAAUUUCGUCUGCACCGGAAGUGUUUCAGCGUAUUAUGUCUCAAAUUUUUGAUGGCAAUGAAGGAAUCGAAGUUAUUGUCGAUGAUUUAUUAAUCUGGGGUGAAACUCGAGAACAACACGAUGAACGUUUGAAACAAGCAUUAGAAAGAGCUCGCGAAGCUGGAGUGAAACUUAACAAGGAUAAAUGUGAAAUUGGACUACAACAAGUAACUUAUAUUGGACAUACGUUGAGUUCAAAUGGAUUAAAACCGGAUGUGAACAAAGUUGAAGCUAUCAAAACAAUGGAUACACCGACAGAUAAGGCAGCAGUCCAGAGAUUUCUUGGGAUGGCAACGUACCUUGCUAAAUUUAUCCCAAAUUUCUCACAAUUAGCUGCUCCCCUGCGAAUGCUACUUGAAAAGAACACGUUAUGGCACUGGGAUGUGCAGCAACAAAACAGUUUCGAAAGAUUAAAGCAAACAAUAACAAAUGCACCUGUUUUGAAAUAUUAUGAUGUAAACAAACAUGUAACUAUUCAAGUUGAUGCUAGCCCUGAUGGGUUAGGAGCUGUCCUUUUACAGGACGAGCGCCCAGUCGCAUAUGCAUCACGGUCAUUAACACAAACACAACGAAACUAUGCGCAGAUAGAAAAAGAGAUGUUAGCUAUCACAUUCGGUUGCGAACGAUUUCAUGACUAUAUUUUUGGAAAGAAAUCAGUUACGGUACACACAGACCAUAAACCUUUAGAGUUUAUUUUUAAGAAGCCCCUUUAUCAUGCGCCACUAAGGCUCCAAAGAAUGAUUUUGAGAACACAAAAAUAUUCCAUAAAUGUCCAGUAUAAACCAGGGAAAGAGCUGCUCAUUGCAGACACCCUAUCUAGGGCCUGCCAGCAAAGCAACAGCAGCAUUAAUGAGCUGACAAGGGAUUUCGAAGUGAAUGUUAUAGACUUGCUACCAAUGUCAAAAGAGAAAGUUCAACAACUUCAGUCAGCAACGGAGGUUGAUCAAGAUUUGAAAGAACUGAAUAGCUGUAUCAAAGAAGGCUGGCCAACAGACAAAUCCAAAGUCCCAGAAGGUGCAAAACCAUACUGGAACUAUCGAGACCAAAUAAUCGAACAAGCAGGACUAUUGUUCAAAGGAAAUAAAGUCAUUGUUCCACGUGUGCUACGGUCAGAAAUGCUCAAGAAAAUACACAAUGCUCAUCUUGGCAUUGAAAAAUGCAAACGGAGAGCGCGGGACAUAUUAUUUUGGCCUGGUAUGAAUGCAGAGAUAGAAGACCUUGUCAAGAAAUGCCAAGUUUGCCAAGACCACCAGGUAAGAAACAUGAGAGAACCCCUUCAUCCCCUAGACAGUCCUUCAAGACCUUGGGAAAUAGUUGCAACAGAUCUAUUUGAGCUGGAUGGAUCUUCAUAUCUGAUUCUUGUUGAUUCCUAUUCUGGGUUUUUUGAAAUUGCUCAACUGACUGGAACUAAAAGUUCCUCUGUGAUAACCCAUUGCAAGUCCCAAUUUGCCCGUCAUGGUAUACCGGAUACAUUAAUAUCAGAUAACGGCCCACAGUUUGCCAGCCAUGAAUUCGCCACAUUUGCACAAGAGUAUGGAUUUCAACAUACUACAUCAAGUCCCCAUUUUCCACAAUCCAAUGGGUUAGCCGAAAGAUAUGUACAAACAGCCAAGAACCUCUUAAAGAAAGCAAAGCAAGCAGGCACUGACCCCUAUCUUGCCCUGUUAGCAUAUCGCAACACCCCAGUUAAUGAAAAAUUGGGAUCCCCAACCCAGAGAUUAUUUGGUAGAAGAACAAAAACCACCUUACCCACUUCGACCACACUAUUAGAACCAAAGAUAAUUGAACCCAAAAUAGUCAAAGAAACCCUCCAUAAGAACAAAGAAAAACAAAAACAGUACUUUGACCAUCACACUAAAGAGCUUUCAGUCCUUCAACCAGGUGAUAAUGUUCGGUAUGAGACCAACACUGGACUAAAAGCAGCAGUAGUGAUUGAAAAGAGAAAAGAGCCCAGAUCGUACAUGAUCCGUACAUCUAAUGGCUUCGUACUGCGAAGAAACCGGAAACAUCUAUAUGAAUCUACUGGCAUGAACAGAUUGGAGAACUGUGAUCUAGAUGAUGAUAACAUCACCGAGUACCAACCUCCACACCAAAUACCAAUUGCCGUGGGUAGGCAGCAAAAUGGGUUAGAACCUGGACAAUCACCACAAACACCACAAUUGUACACAACUCGAAGCGGUCGUGCUAGUCGUAAACCAGAAAGAUUUCAAGCCAAUUAA